GUCAGACGUCAGAGUAACGUUUAAAACGCAGAUAACUUCCAUGUGCAUGAUGGUGUGAUUCAUUUCACUUGAGUUGUUGGGUUAAAGCACUCUGUCUUGAAGUCACUCUGCACCAUGACGAACUCAUGAGCGCUUAGCAUACAGUAGAUUUUUUUGGGAAAGCAAUCUCCCCCCAUCUGGAAAAAGAAAGGUUUCAAACGCACAUUUUCAAAACUCAUCGAAAGCCCUACAACAAGUAGCACUUUUGAACUCUGUCGAGAUGGCAGUGUCAUCGCUCCCGUGCGCUCUGUGCAUAAUAUGGAUAUGUCUGAUCUGUCAUUCGACGGGAACGAGAUUUAUUUACCAGUUUCCCGGCGUAACUGUUCAACGUGUCAACUCGGAGCGGAGCGCGAGUACCGGUUCACCACUCAGCGGAUCAAACACCCAGUCCAGGAACUGGUGCCAGUUCACAGUGUCGAGGACGGUGACAUGCCAGGUGCGCAAUGGGACCGAGACCACAGUGCAGAGAGUGUUCCAAGGCUGCCGCUGGCCAGGACCCUGCUCCAAACUCAUCAGCUACAGGACCGUGGUCAGGCCGUCUUACAAAGUGGCCUAUCGGCAGGUCACUGCUCUGGAGUGGAGGUGCUGUCCUGGGUUUGUAGGAGAUCAAUGUCAAGUAGAGUGUAUGAACUGCACCGGCUUCACUGACAUGAACAGCAGACUGAACUACAUCGAGUCCAAGAUUAAACUGCUAGACGGGGCAGGUUCACCGUCCUUCAACAACUCAACAGAGGGCUCCAGUGAUAACGAGGUGUACACCCCUAACCCCACCCCCAUAGGCCCUCCAUCCUACCUGCAGCCAGGAGGAAGAGGAUCACCAGGGCCAAUCGGACCACCAGGAAUUCCAGGCCCAGCUGGCGAGGCAGGGGUUCCAGGACAGACCGGACCGACAGGGCCAAUGGGAGAGAGAGGAAGACCAGGAGAGAUCGGUCUUCCAGGCCUCCCCGGACCUCCAGGCCCUCCAAGGCCACGUCCCUCCUCUACCCAGCCGAGGGGUGACAUGUUUGGGUUCGACGAGCAGGAGGAGACCACUCUUACUCCAACUCUUCCUGACUUCCUAGCUGGCCCUCCCGGUCCACCUGGUCCCCUUGGACCCCCAGGUCCCCCUGGACCAAUCGGACCAGCAGGAGUUCCAGGUCUCCCAGGGCGAGACGCAGAGGGAGGCCUCCAGGGCACGGCUGGGGAUCCUGGGUCUAAAGGAGAUGCAGGGGAGAGGGGCCCUCCAGGAUUAACAGGGGAGCACGGCCAGCCUGGGCAGUCUGGGCAGAAGGGAGAGCCAGGAGAGGGUUUAUCUGAGGGGGGCGCUGAAGGAGUGCAGCAGCUGAGGGAAGCUCUCAAGAUCCUGGCAGAGAGAGUUCUGAUUCUGGAACAUAUGAUUGGCAUCCACGAGAGUCCAGUGGAAUCAGGCUCUGGACUAGAGAGCCUACCAGUCUCCUUCUCAUUUCCUGCCAUCAGGACCAGGAAGGCCGAGUUCACCAUCAAGACAGGACGACUUCAGCCUCUCCAACUCUCCUCCAAUCCUCAAGGAAACAAUCUCCCUGUAGAGGUGGUCAGACAGAGACGAGGUCUUUUUUAAGACACCAAUGAAAGUGUUUUGAUUUUCUUUAGGGGUAGAUCAGCUUUAAUAUUGCAGAUAGAUUUCACCUUUCAUCAAUGUAAUUGUCUGCAUCAUUUCCAAACCCCCAUACAUUGUUUUAAUAUAUAUAUAUAUAUAUAUAUAUAUAUACAGUAUAUGUGCAUUCAGAAAGUAUU